AUGGCAGAAGCUCUCCGACCGCUCGUGUCAAAACGAGCCCAGAAGAUCUAUCUAGGGGCCUUCCUCUUCUUCUGUACGGCCAUAGCCAUGAUCGUCACAUCGACGGUCGCGUAUGGCAUCUUCUACUACAGGUUUAUCCCGCAGGCGGGCCUCGAACGAAUUGUCCACUUGCAGUUUGGCGAAGGACCUCCCUGGGGAGUCGCAAGCCUAGGAUCCGACCUCGUUCCAUCCCUGCCAUACGAUGUCCAGGUGGAGCUCGAAUUACCACGAACCCCCUCCAACCUUGCGGCGGGCAAUUUCAUGCUAGAUCUGGCCCUUCUCUCCCGCCCGUCCACAUCUGCUGCGUACGAUACGAAUACUUCGGUUACGACUCUCUCCCACUCGCGCCGCCCUGCUAUUCUUACCUAUACUUCGCCGUUGGUGGACACCGCUAGUAAGAUCUCGUUCAUGCCACUUUACGUGCUGGGCUGGCACCACGAAGCGGAGAAGUUGCAAGUGCCGAUGAUGGAACGAGUGCAGUUCGCUCGUGGUUGGCGCAACAUACCAGGAAGCUUGCGCCUGGAGCUCCAUAGCUCAGAGAUAAUGCAAGUAUACAAAGCGAAGGUCACCUUCCGGGCGCGGUUUACGGGCUUACGCUGGGUAAUGUAUAACUGGAGGCUUACCUCAUUCGUUGUCUUCGGUUUCCUGUUCUGGAGCGUCAGCAUGGCUUCUACUGGGCUCGCAUGGGUAGUGUUUGCAUCGCUUCUUAGCAGUCGGGGUGACACAUCCGGCCCUGUCGUCAAAAAGGAGGAUCGCAGUGCUACACCCAUCAUAAAGAAAGAAGAGGAGGAGAUCGACGAGCCGCUCUUCCAUUUACCGAUUGCGGAAUCCUCAAAGACAGCCGAGAAAAGGAGAGUGACAGGGCCUGAGGAAGCCGAGAAGGAAGAAGAUGAAGAAGAUAACGGGGGAAUUGCAGAUGAAGAUGAAACUGACGAGGAUAAUUAUCUGUACGAAGAGGACGCAGAAGAUGGCCGAGGCGAAGGGCCUUCGGAGGCUUCUGGCACUGGUACAGCCAGGGAAAGUGCUCACGCCCGAGGAGUGCAAAGACGCCGAAGCCAUAUAAUCCAAGAGGACCAUAGAGAGACAUUGUAG